CCAGACGCCACCACUCCGUGCUUCAACGACAUCGAGCAGGCCUGUUGCUGCAGCAGCUGAAGGUUUAGCUACAGUGCGUGAUAAGAAGAAGAAGAAGAACAGCAAGUUUGCGUAUCAAUGGUCACUCCAGCUGGAGCACCGACGCAAUCUUGGCUAGAGAAGUGGAGUGAAUGGGAGAUCCAAGCUGUUGUUGCUGUCAGCUUCGGCCUGCAGGUUAUCCUCUUCUUCCUCUCAGGGAUCCGCCGGUACAGUGUCUCAUCUGUUCUCAAGGUCUUUCUCUGGCUGGUAUAUCUUCUUGCUGAUACCGCUGCGAUUUAUGCCCUGGGGCACAUGUCUGCGUCAUUGUCGAGAACAUCAUCUGACAAGCACCAGCUGGUAGCGUUCUGGGCGCCGUUCCUCCUGUUGCACCUCGGCGGCCAGGAUACCAUAACCGCCUAUGCGCUGGAGGACAAUAAACUCUGGCUGCGCCACCUGCUAACUAUGUUUGUGCAGGUCGCCGGCACCGGGUAUGUGCUCUACAGGCACAUGAUUGCAGACAGAGCGAGCCUUGUAUCUGCCGCUGUGCUCGUUUCGGUGGCAGGAUUUGUCAAGUACGGCGAGAGGAUAUGGGCACUCAGGUGUGCAAGCAAGGGUUCCGGUGGGCCUAAUCCGCCUGUUCCGAAACUAAAAUACGAAGCGAGUGACUGCUUCACAAGAAACAAAAAAUUUAGAACUUAUGCAUUUAUUGUGAAGACAGCGCACAGAUUGAAGUAUGCAUUUGUCAAGCCUUUAAUCAUAUACAGGAAUUCGAUAUCCGUACCUUGGAAUGAUGAAAAAUUAUUCUAUCCAAUAACCCAUGUAGAUGAAUAUAUUGGAAUGGAAGACAAAUCGGCACAGGAGAAGAGUUGUAUGGAGGUGGUGUAUAGAGAAAUCGAGGUGGAGCUGGCCCUGACUUACGACAUGCUGUACACCAAGGCAGAAGUGAUCCACAAAUGGUAUGGCUACCUCAUCCGUGGUAUUUCCUCUGGGUUUUGCUUCGGUGCUCUUCUUGCCUUCACAAGAAGCAAAAGGGAUCGUUAUUCUACACCCGAUACUGUUAUCACUUUUGUUCUUUUGGGUGGAGCUUGCGCACUGGAGGUCGCAUCAGCUUUCAAGGCGAUUGGGUCAACCUGGACAUAUGCCAUCCUCACAGCCCACAGAUGGAAGUGGCUGGCCAAUGCAAUUCUGUUUGCACGUUACCACUUCAUCGUCCUCAAAGAUGGAAGGUGGUCCAAUUCCGUCGGGCAAUAUGACUUCUUAUCCUUUUGUGCCAGCGGCAAGACCCUCAAGGGAAGAAUUGCCGGAUGGAUUGGGCUGGAGGACUGGUGGAACAAAGCUCACUACACCAAACAUGCCAAGCUGUCACCUGCCCUCAAGGAGUUUGUAUGGGGCUUGCUCAGAGGUGAGAAGAGUAAUAUGGUACAGAUUGAAGACAUGGCCACUCGGAGUGGGUUUUGGGAUCGCAAGUUCAGGGGCUUCAACCAAAGCGAAAAGCUUGAUUGGAGCUUGAGGUUGGAAUUUCAUUAUUGUGUGUAUAUCUGGCACAUAGCCACAAGCACCUUCCUCAGCGACCCUGUUGUCAGAUCAGAGCUGGUCGACCAGGGCAUGGCCGAAGCGAUCAAUACUCUUUCUGACUACAUGAUGUACCUACUCGUCCAGCACCCUGACGUCGUGCCCAUGAAUGUAGCUGCUCGUAGCCUGUUUAAGCAAGCAUACCGCAUUUUUGUCCGCGAAUUUAACCAUAAGAAGCCUACUAUGGAGAAAGGAGCCCUGGAUGCACCUCAGCAGGUAAUUCUGGGUUUGAUGGAAUUGUAUCGAGAUGAACGCAAUGUAACGGAUCCACACCAUGAGCUGAAGCAUCUCGGCGACUAUGAAUUUUACCCGGCGUUUCCUGUGUUGGUGAAAGCAAGCAUCCUUGUUCACACAUUGCUCGACAUGGAGUUGGAACUCACACAUAAACUUGCAAUACUUGGAACAGUGUGGAAGGAGAUGCUGUGCUUCACAGCAGAUAAUGCAUCUGGGGAUUUCCACGCCAGGCAAUUGAGCAAUGGUGGCGAGUUUGUUACCCACAUGCUGCUCCUGAGUAAAUAUAGCUUUGUUAUGGGAGAUGCUGAUUACAACCCUGUGGAUGUUGCUGGCCACGUCGAGCUGAAUGUGCAGAAUGAUCACCAGGAAGAGAUCGCUGAAGUCCCAUGA